AUGUCGGCUUUCUUCUUGGUCGAGAAUUGCUGGCCCACAAGUCCGAUCGAUGACCUACUAGACCUUCAGCCUAACUUGCCGGCAUCGUUUGACCAAUAUUCGAUCAUAGCGCUUCUGCCUCCUUUCAUCAAACCUCUGCCGGUGCCGAUUCUCUUGGAAGAUGUUAAUUAUCUCAACACCAAGGGCGCUCUCUUUGUACUGGACGGCGAAAUCCGCGCCGCUCUAAUACACGCCUUUGUUGACCUCCUGCUCAUGCAGGGCGUUAUAUUCUCUGCAGCAGCAUACGUCGACAUGAAGUAUCUCCAUACGUUGGGGUUCGUUUCAAGAAAAGAGGCCCGGCGGCUGUACCCCCAACGGACGAAGCUGCUAUACGAUUUCGGAUGUGAGUCGGAUCGCAUCACUGUGAUCCAGACCUUACUAUUCAUGACGUACUGGCAUGAGACACUCGACGAUGAGAAGGAUGCGUCACAUUGGAUCGGCAUAGCCAUCCCCCUUGCUGAAACUAUCGGCAUGAACCGUCUAUCGGGCCAUGCUAAAACACCGGAGAAGAAGCUCUGGAAGCGCAUUUGGUCGGCCUGCUAUAUCCGAGAUUGUUUAGUGAGCUUAGGCCUUAGGCGGCCGGCUAAGAUCAGACCGGACAAAUUGAACAUGUCUAUGCUGGAAGAGAGCGACUUCGGCAUACAGGUCCUCCCGGUGACUGUAGUCGUCAAUCCUGCCGAGUGUGCGUUUACCCGGAACAUCGAAAUGCAGUCCGAGCUCGCCGCGAUGUUUGUGGCUCUGGCACAGCUGAGCCUGUGCAUCAGUCGUCUGCUAGGGACACAAUACUCUCUCGGCUUUCGAGCAGGGAAUUCCAAGUACGGCACAACGAAGAGUACCAUGAUGCUCUUUCCCAAGGCCUCCAACGUCAAAUCUAUCGAAAGUCUCGAUGAGGAGUUGGAAGUCUGGGAGCAGUCGCUUCCAAGUUGUUGCCAGAACCGGACCUUUUCCCAAGCAGAUCGAGAGCACGGAAGGUCAACAAUUGUGCUACACAACACUCUCCUACAUAUGCUUUACCAUGCAGCCGUAAUAGCGCUACACUGGCCAUCAUGUCGGCCUUUCGUCAGGACCAACGUUGAUCGCCAAGCUCUUUCGCGCUUGAAAGUCUCUGAAGCAGCUAUACAAAUUAGUCAAUCGGCUACAAUGCUGCACUCUGUGGGCCUAGAUUGCCCUUUGCCGACCCCUGGCGUAACCGUAAUCAUGCUCGCAAUGGUUUCACAUAUCUCUGUAAUGGAUGAAACUUCAGGCACGCACGCUCACGAGUUGGUUAAGAGCGAGCUCGAGCAGUGUAUCCGUGUUUGAACACUCUUCGCGGGAUCUACUCCGUUGCCGACGCCGCCGCAAGUAUAGUACAUACCGCGUUAAGAGCUCAUUAGGUAACUGCAGUACAGCCACGCUUGUAGCAUAGGUACACCAACCGUCUACUUCCACCGCUAUAUAGUGGCCGCAAUUAUGUUUUACUACGUAGAACAAUUUAGUGUCCUUCCACCUUGUACGUGCA